AUGAUCUACGGUAUCCUUUUUCAAAAUUCACAAAACGACACCAGGAUAUCAAAGUACCAUGACUUUGACACCGUAAACAAGAAACGUCUGGAAGAUAAGGUACAUCAUGAACUCACAAAUCGCGAUAGAAAAUGGUCGCACGUAUUUGACCUAGAAGGAAUGAAAGUCAUAUAUAGACAAUACUCUGGACUAAUCAUCUGUAUGCUUGUAGACUUAGAAGACAAUACGCUAGCACAUUACGAACUCAUUCAUCUCGUAGUGGAGAUUCUCGACUCAUAUUACGGGGAUGUGUGCGAACUAGACAUUGUAUUUAAUUUCAAUCGCGUUCACAAUAUACUCGACGAUAUUAUACUAGCUGGGGAAAUUGUAGAGACAUCAAAAGAUAUAAUAAUUGAAAAGCUUAAAGCUUCUGACAAGCUACCUUAA